AUGGCUCCCACGGCAAAAAAGCUGAAACUGUUUCGUCGAGAGAUCGCGCAAGAUUACAACGCAACCAAACUCGCUACGACGGUCAUAGAAGCCAAGCUCGCCGGCCAGAAAGGUAUCGGUCUGUUCGCCAGACAUGACCUGAUCGCCGCAGACUUUCUCAAAGGGGGCUCCAUACCAUUCAUGUACGAGGAACCCGCCAUGUUCACCCUCGACCAGCCAUUUCGCACAGUCCGCGAACGCGACCUCCGCAAGAAAUUCAAAUCGCUCACUACCGCCCAAACCCAUACCUUCGUCCAUCUCCCAACCAUCACGCCCACAGAUCGCACCUCCUUGAAGGAAAUAUUCAUUGACACCAUAGUCGGCGACUUUCUGAACUUCUCGUCCUGCUUCGUCGUCUACAGCCUCAUGAACCCUUCAUGCACACCCAACACCCGCAUCAUGGUGAACACCUUCACGCACGACAUCGCGCUAUUCCUCGGAAAUGACGCUUCGGCUGGAGACGAGCUCUGCUAUCCCGUCACGCACAGCUUAUCAUGUAUGACGACGGCGGAGCGCAGAAGUCAUCUACAGCAGAGCCAAGGUAACGGGAUUUUCGUGUGUGGCUGUGCGACAUGCCGUCGGACGAGAUCAGGAGAACCAGUGAUCUGA